GUCGGAUGAUUUUCGGGCAUCUCAAGCUCCCUCAACUUUCUUUGAGCGACCUGGAACCCGCAAAGACCACCACACGACUCUUACCACCACCUAGUUGAUAAUAUGAGCUCUUCCGCGCGGCCAGUUGUCCACCAGGACUAUAUUGCGAAGAUCAGAUACUCCAACGCGCUGCCUCCGCCGCCAUGUCCUCCCAAGCUCCUCGACAUCCCCAACACUGGUCUUUCAAGCGGACAAUACACUUCAGCGGGGUUUGCUUCCAGGCUCGCGCGUGAACAGCCGCUGAAUAUCGAGGCGGAUGCUGAGCUGGGCAUGUCAAUCGACUUGGUCGGUAUCCCAAAGGUCUUCGAUGGCGAUGAAUCUGCUAUCCAGGCGAUGCCACAACCACCGCCACUACAUGCUGCCGAUAGGGCAUUAAUGCGCCCGCCCAAUGCGCUCGGAAAAGUGAAUAACAAUGCGACGAGCAUCACUUUCCUGCGACGAACCGAAUAUGUCACCUCCAGCACAACAGGCGGGUCAAAGUUUGAGUCUAGUAACUCGACGAACACUAUGCGCCUGCGAAGGAAGCGGAAGACGGCAGAGACGUCUCUGGACGACCCGACAAACAUCGCCAGACACAUACUAAAGGGCUUCAAUAUCGCAUAUCCGGCGGACGCGUACAACGGACAGGACAGCGCAGAGAACCUCAGGGCAGCAGACACAACACCUGAAGAGCGACAAGCCUGGAACAAGCCCAAGAAUCCUAGGAACCCCAGCCUCAAACUCCUCGAUUCCUAUCCGCUUCUGCCAGACUGGGACGCCACACCUGACACGGGUGGAUACAUGGUCUUCAAGUUCACGGCGCCGCCAAUCAACAACCCUCUCGACCCCUCGUACGAUGCACGUCUCGAUGUCGCACUCCUUCGUCCAGCCGGUCAGACGAUACAAGACCAAGACCUGUACCACCAAGAGCGAGAAGCACACAAGAACGACCACACAGCACCGGUACCUAUCCCGCGAUACCAGUUCGAGUUCUUCCUGCCCCCGAGCAAAGACAAAGUCCACGGCAUCAAACGCAACUUCACAACGCACGACCCCACAAACGACGCAGACAUCGAUUUCGACAUUGCCGAAGACGACGAAGGCCAACCGCGCAAAUGCUUCAAAUACGAGAACGUCCGCACGUAUGAGACGUCGCAACAGGUUGGCGACCCACACGAUACCUAUGGCGACGUGGUGGCGCUGGCUUUGCAUGAUCCGGAGAGACAUGCAGAGCAGAGGCUGAGGGAUACCAAGUUACAAAAGGCGGCGUACUUUUACCCCAUUAUCCAGAAGACGAGCAUUCGGCCACGACGACCCGGUCGAGUCGACUUGGUGGGCGAGGAGCAGAAGGUGGAUGUAAUUGAGGCUGCGGGACGGGAGCCAGGCGGUGAGGCGGAAAGGAGGGAGGUGUUUAGGCGGAGGGCUGAGGGUGUUGAGGUGUAAGUUUAGCGAGGCUGUGAGACUGGCUGAAGUAGGGUAUGUCUGCCCUAAAGUGGAUUUGAUUUAAUCAUCAGCGUUGGCGUCCAGAGGUUGAAAAUGUGCACCACCUACCUACCGCAAGUACGAUAUAAAGGAGAAUUACUAUCUGGGUUUGAUUAGUUCUCCACUGGUCCAUGCAUGUAGCGACGCUUAAUAACACCGUCGGUCUUGAGGCACUGAAUAUCCAUGGCAGAGUUGCACGAAUGAAGGAAUAUUCUCUACAGGUACACUACUGAGCUCCACACACACACACACACACACACACACACACACUAAGGCU